UGAUCUCAUAUGUAUAUGAUCUUUUUGGUCUUAGGAUUGGAUGGUUUAAAAGAGUUGGACUUGUCAAGAUGCUCAAAGGUUACAGAUGCUGGUAUUAAGCAUGUGUUAUCUAUUCCAAGUUUGGAAAAGCUAUUUGCAUCUGAAACUGGCAUGAGUGCUGAGGGUGUGAAAGCUCUCUCCUAUUUUACAAGUCUGCGAACCCUGGAUUUAGGAGGGAUACCUGUAACUGACAAGGCACUGGGUUCAUUACAGUCGUUGGCAGGGCUUGAGUACUUGGAUUUAUGGGGCAGUGAAAUUUCCAACAAUGGAGCUGCUCUUCUUGAAAAUUUUCCCAGAUUGAACUUCCUGAAUCUAGCUUGGACUAAGGUCACUGUGUUGCCACAUCUUCCUUCAGUCACAACCUUAAACAUGAGUAACUGCACCGUCCAUGCUUUAUUUGAUGGAGAAAGCAAAACUAGAAUUCCUUUGUCAAAGCUUCUUUUAACAGGAGCUACUAUUGUUGAUCCUAGCGAAGUUCUUAGAAAUGUUGAAGCAAGCUGUAUGACCUUCUUAGAUAUUUCUGGCUCUUCCACUUGCAACUUCAGUUUUCUUGUUAAUAUGAGGCGGCUGGAGCAUUUGGAUCUCAGCUCAAGCAAUAUGAGCGGUAGUUUAAUCGAUGAUUUAGCACAUGUUGGAGACAAUUUGAGGUACUUAAAUCUCAGCAAGACCAAGAUCACCUCUGAGGCAAUUGCUUUGUUGGCUGGUCAUGUGUCAAACCUUGAAACUCUCUCCCUUUCGUACACAGCAAUUGAUGAUGCCUCUUUGCCAUAUAUAGGGAUGAUGACUUCUUUAAGAACACUUGACUUAAGCCACACAGGAAUUCAAGGUUUUCUUUCGGAUAAAACAUUCUCACUGAUAGAGCUACAGAAUCUGAGUAUUUUGGAAAAUCUGAAUCUGGAAGAGACUUUAGUUAGAGACGAGGCUUUAUAUCCCUUGGCUUUCUUUAGAGAAUUGAAAUGUUUAUACCUGAAGAGCAAUAAUCUUUCUGAUAUUGCCCUCCAAGCUUUAUCAUCACCUCUCCCAAAUUUGCAAAUUCUAGGAUUUCGUGGUGCUGUGCUGACAAACUCAGGGCUUCUUUUGUAUAGUCCCUCACCAGUGCUUCGUACGUUAGACUUGAGAGGAUGUUGGCUUUUAACUGCAGAUGUUAUUUCAUUAUUUUGUAAGCAUCAUCCUAGAAUUGAAAUCAGACAUGAUGUGAAUUCUGCUAUUGGUUCAUCCUCAUUUCAAAAUCCUUCAAAAGGACCAAGAGCAAGGCAUGGGGGAGAAAAGUUACUCGAAGUCCCAAUUUUAGUAGGUAUGAAUUCUGCUAUUGGUUCAUCCUCAUUUCAAAAUCCUUCAAAAGGACCAAGAGCAAGGCAUGGGGGAGAAAAGUUACCCGAAGUCCCAAUUUUUGUAGAUGAGAGAAUAAAGUACGUUCGAGAGGAACUGUUGGACUUGCGGUUUUCACCCCUAUCAAAUCUCACGCUGCAAGGACGAGAAAUGUUGCCAACGAUUUUGAGGAAGGACCCUAUCACAUGCAGCAAGCCUGAGAUGUGCAAAUUAACUCAAAGGACGAUUCUCAUUCUUGUUAAUUAUCCGUAAGCAGAUGACUGAUAUUGGGUGAUUUUUCCAAUGAAUUUGAUUCCAGGUCAGAUGCUUAACCCGGAAAAUAGCAGGAGGGGGAAAACCCCAUUUGAGGAGAAUGGUAUUUGAGGGCUUUAUCUUUUUUUUUUUCGAAGAAAAGUUCUCGACAGCCAUUGUUAAUGAGGAUAUAUUGACUGUCCCAUAGAACGUAAGUAUGUAAUCUUCAGAGUACUGCUGGGGGAGAGAGUUACUGCUGAGACGUCUGUAAAUGGAACCAGCAUUUAAUUUUGGUUAAUUUUUGUUCGGCUCAUCCCAUCUUUGUCCAAAUUUUAUUCGCAUUAUGACAAUCUCGGCAGAAAGGGGGACACUGUUAGAAAACAAACUUCAUAAA